AUGUCGUGUAAUAGAUCUAUUGGGCCCGGACCUGGCGCCUAUAACCUGCCCAGCUGUUUUGGCUACCACAACUGUGAUAAGCGGAUGCAGCGAAGCCCGCAGUUCUCCUUCGGGACGUCAUCGAGGUCCUGUAAUAGUGCAAGGAAAGUCGAUGGACCCGGACCAGCUGCCUAUCAUCUGGGCAAGGUCACGCGAUUUGGACGGCCUUCAGCCGAAGAGUACUCUAUUUACCGUCGUCGUUAAAUGGUAGAAUAAAUUGUCUAGUAUAUACAUUCUUA